AAAAAUUGGAAGUUUCAAGUUGCCAUAACUAUAAUAUAUAGUUAACAAUGAUAAUGACGGCUAGGGUUUCGAGUGGCGAUUUUAGGGUUUUGGGCGUGGAAGCACAAGACGCUACCAUGGAAGACAUCGGAGAGAAGGGGAGGCCACCAGGAGAUCCGCCUGACGCUCCAGGCUCUUGGGUGAGGAAAGUUGUAGGGUGUAAUGAAGGAGGGAUGCCGGUGCCGGAGGAAGUGGUGGAUGCAGAGUUUGUGGAGUCGAGACUGCGAUUAGAGUUCCCGAACGGAGAGGAUGGAGAGCCAGUUAUAACAAUAGGAGAAGAAGUACUGACGGCUAUGAACAGUCUGUGGAAGAGAUGCAUGAUUGUUAGGGUUUUGGGGAGGAACGUUCCUUUGUUGAGUCUAACUCGAAAGCUGAAGGAGUUGUGGAAGCCGAAUGGAUCGAUGUUUGUCAUGGACCUACCUAGGAACUUCUUUAUGGUGCGCUUUGAGUCAGAAGAGGAGUACAUGAAUGCUUUAUCGGGUGGCCCAUGGAGGGCGUUUGGGAGCUAUCUUAUGGUACAAGCAUGGACCCCUGAUUUUGAUCCAUUGAGAGAUGAGAUUGUUACUACGCCGGUUUGGGUUCGCUUGUCACAUAUUCCAGUCAACUUCUACCACAAGACGAUAUUGAUGGGUAUAGCUAAGGGGUUGGGGCGACCGAUAAAGGUUGACUUGACGACUUUGAAAUUCGAAAGAGCGAGAUUUGCGAGAAUAUGUGUUGAGGUGAAUCUCAAUAAGCCUUUAAAAGGGACAGUGAUGAUCAAUGGCGAGAGAUAUUGUGUAUCGUAUGAAGGGAUUUCAACGAUCUGCUCAACAUGCGGUAUGUAUGGACACUUAGCUCAUGCAUGCCCACGAAAGAUGGUGGAGAGAGCUCUAGCUACUGUGCCUACUCCAGUGACCACAACGCAGGAGAUGGGAGAUGCAAGGAUGGAGGUGGAAUUUACUGAAGUGAGACUGGCGAGGAAAAAGUCAGAGCAACAAAGAUCAGUAGGAGGUUCCAUGCGUAAUGAUGAUGGAAGGGACAGCGUGGGAGGCAAGUUAACGGGGGGGGAAUAGAACAAGAGAAGCACGUAAUGGAAGUGCGGUGGAGAGAAUAAGCGUGUCAAAU